AUGUCUACACCGCUUUUAGAUCCGGGAGGCAAUCCGAUAUUCCAAGAGGAUCUCCUUGGGUACGGCAGGUCUGGCGUUGUAGUCCUCCAGAAUGGCAUGGCUGUGAAGAUGCCUCUAAGGUACUUGGAUAGCUCAGAUGACGAUGUGGACAUAAACAUUAUGGUCAUUCAGCGAGAGCAAGAAGUUUAUCGGCGUCUGCAACAAUGCGAUGGGGUCCUCCCAUACAUCAGCUUCUCGGACACGACCACCCAGCUUGCAUUGAUGAAGAAUGGGGAUCUACGUUCAUAUCUGUUACAAAACCAGCCAACAAAGACUAUGCAACUUUCAUGGUUCCGGCAAAUGGCCCAUGCCCUCUGCAAUAUCCAUGACCGCUCGGUUAUCGUUGCAGAUAUUGCCUGUCGGAAUCUUCUUCUUGAUUCCACUCUGGCGAUUAAAUUCUGCGACUUUACCGAAUCAACGAUAAUGCCUCAGGAUACCGACAUGGAAACUGCUGAUGACAACGGAUAUUCUAUCCAAACGGACAUUGGACAAUUGGGGAAGGUGAUCUAUGAAGUCGUGACAGGGGAGCACUGCACAUUUGAUCUUCACGAGAACUACGUUUCCCGGGCGACGUGGCCGCGCAGAGAGUCUCUCCCAAGUACAGAGGAGAUCUGGCUUGGGCCAAUCAUUGAGAAAUGCUGGGCCUGGAGUGGCUUUAAGGAUGCCGCUCGCCUGGCUGAAGCGUUGGACGCCGUGUCUUAG